AUGGGGGAGGACUACAUCGAGGGGAGGCUCCUGGAUGGCUUUCUGCUGUUGGCAGCAGGGGGCUCCCAUACGCCCGACGGUGUCAUCACUGUGAACCUGUCAUCCUUGCAGAUCGUGGACAUUGCAGAGGAGGACCUUUCCUUCUUCGCCCAAUUGCACCGGGUGGACCUUAGCGACAAUCAGCUGGGCUAUGAGCAUAUCCUGGAGCAGUUGGCGCGGAUACCGCGGCUGGGGAACCUCAACCUGGCCUGCAACUCCAUUAGCGGAUUGCAGGUGGGUCCCAACAUCCUUCAGCGCUUGGAGGUCCUGGACCUUUCCUUCAACGGCCUCCAUGGCGACGUGCUGGGCCAACUGGCGAGGCUGCCGAGUCUAGCUUGGCUGAGCCUCGCCUCCAACUGCAUCUCCUCCCUCCCACCGGAGGAGGAGCUGCAGGGCUUGCAGGUGCUGGAGGAGCUCAUUUUGGAUUCCAAUGACCUGGUGCAGUUCAUGCAGUGGCAGCUUGGAAAGAACAGCUUCCGUUCGCUCUAG